UGUGUUUUCAGCAUGCUAUGUCUAUGUCGCUCCCUCUUCUUUCAGCAUCUCAUCCUAACAUCUCCUUAGAUUGUUCAAUGCGUCUCUAAACUCUUUAUAUCCAUUGAGGUGAAGCUCGGAGGGGAGGGGCCGAGCUGUCGACUGCCUGUUGCUGCUCCGGAGGAUUAGCAGAAGCUAAAGGUGGCUAAGCUAGCUAAUAAUAACACCACGGCCAGUGACACAUUGAGCUCCGGGCACGUUUUGGGAUUCCUCGCUUCUCCUUCGCGUGUCUCGCCGCAGAGAUGCAGGUCAGUGACUGCUUCGUGUCCGCGCCCGGGAAGGCCAUCCUGCACGGAGAGCACGCCGUGGUGCACGGAAAGGUGGCUCUCGCUGUCAGUUUGAACCUGAGGACAUUUCUGCGGCUGAAGGCCACCGCUUCUGGCAAAGUUUGCAUCAAUCUCCCAAAUAUUGACACAUUCCUCUGCUGGGACGUCUCUGAGCUGCAGCAGCUGACACCUUAUUCCUGUGCUAAGAGGGAGGAGCUGAAAUGUCUGAAUCCGGAGCUUGUGAGGCGACUACGGGAAUUUGUUGGUGUUACUAAUGGAAAACUGGAUACUUGCGACAUGGCCACCAUAGCCUUCCUCUAUAUCUACCUCUCAGUGUUUGGAUCAGGCGAGCUGCCCAGCCUGACGGUGUCUGUGUGGUCGGAGCUGCCGACUGGAGCUGGGCUGGGGUCGAGUGCUGCCUUCACAGUGUGUUUAGCUGCAGCUCUGCUCUGUGCAAGUGGAGCCAUUCCCAGUCCGCUCAAAGAGUGGGAUCACACUGCCAGGUGGCGCCAGGAGGAUCUGGAGCUGAUCAACAGCUGGGCUUUCCAAGGGGAAACCAUCAUCCAUGGUAAUCCUUCAGGAGUGGACAACGCUGUAGGAACAUGGGGAGGCAUGCUGAGAUUCUUGGCUGGAAAGAUAAUGCCACUGAGCAGGGUGCCGUUAUUAAGAAUCCUCCUCACUAACACAAAAGUACCACGUAGCACCAAGGUACUUGUUGCCGGGGUGAAGGACAAAAUUAACAAGCUCCCCUCGGUCCUGAACCCUGUGCUCGACUCAGUUGAUGCCAUUUCCGCCACUUGUGAGAAAGUCCUCUCAGACAUGACGUCUGAGCCAAUCACAGGGGAGCACUACAAUAUUCUGGAGGACCUAAUCGACAUCAACCAGCACCAUCUGAAUGCGAUGGGGGUGGGACAUCCUGACCUGGACAGGCUGUGCCGGGUCACGCUGACCAGAGGGCUCCACAGCAAGUUGACCGGUGCAGGGGGAGGAGGCUGUGGAAUCACACUGCUGAGACCAGAGACAGACUCGGCUGUGGUCCAGGGCACAGUGCAGGACUUAAGAGACUGCGGCUUUGACUGCUGGGAAACCAGUAUUGGCGGGCCCGGUGUCCAGCAGCACUCUCCUUUGUCUGUUAAGGACGACGUUCUGGAGGUGUUAAACCAGUACUGACAACCAGCUGGUCGUGGAUGAACAGGAGGACACGUGUCUGUUGUUGUUACCUCAGGACCUGGAGCUGAACUAAUCAUUCGAGAGACAUUUCACAUGGAGCCGAGCUGGAAAAGCUGUUAAUUAUAUUAAUUAAUUACAAUAUAGAUUUUCUAAUGUUGUCUUAAGUUUACAAUCUAACUACAUAGGAACUGUGUGUGUGGUGUUUUUUUCGGUGAAGCAUCUUUAUGGAGGGUUAGCUUGUCAACGACCUCAGGGGUACACGUUUGUUUACUGAGCUCUUUAGCCACUAGAUGGCAUUAGAGCUGCACAAAUGCUUAUAAUGAAAUGAUUCCUGUUAAGAGGCUGUGAGGAAUUUAAUUAAUAUGUAAGUGAAGCUCUGGCAGGAUUAAUUUAUAUUUUCAUCCAAAUGUUAAUGCAGCAGGGCCAACUUAUUUUAAUGGAUUAGAUGACCGUCAGCCAUUAAUUACUUCUGGAAUUAUAACACAGUGUUGUUGGAUAACAGCUAUAAUAAAUGAAAAAUCUCAUUUAUAAUUAUUUAGGAUUUGUUUUACAAAAAAUAAAACUGGAGAAAAAGUU